AUGACCAGCCUAUUUCGACGGCCAUGGUCAGCUCGCAAGAUACUCAAUUCAUCAUCCAGGAUACGAAGUACGCGAUUCUUCGCCGACCAGCCCAAUCCCACACCUGCAUCUCCAACCACGCGCGUCUCCAAGAUCGAGUCCCGACUACCCAAGUUCCUUCGAAGAUACGUCGAACCAUUGCGAAAUGCUCCAAUCUCCCACAUAACCGCUUUCAUCAUCUUGCACGAGCUCACUGCCGUGGUCCCGUUGUUUGCUCUGGCUGGAGCAUUCCACUACAGCGAAUGGCUGCCCCCGUUCAUCAGCGAAGGGAAGUGGGUUCAAGAUGGACAGCAAAAGUUCGGCAGCUGGAUGCGCAAGAGAGGUUGGAUAGGGGACGAAGAUCGCAAAACCAGGUGGUGGGGUCGCAGUGAGACGGGCGUGAGAGUGGUAGUGGAGCUGGCCACGGCUUAUGCCAUCACCAAGGCAUUGCUUCCUCUUCGGCUGAUAUUGAGUGUGUGGGGCACACCUUGGUUCGCGAGAUGGACUGUACUUCCAUUCACCAACCGGAUAUCUCGUCUAUUUGGGCGCAAGAAGGCUGUCCCGGCCAGUGGACCGGAUGCGGCUGGCACUGGUGCUGUUGGAGGCUCCGCUGUGCCGAAAGUGCCGGAGUGA